UACAGCCAGACCCCAGGAAGCAGCAUGGCAUGCACAAACGCGUUCAUCAAGCGUCACACUUUCCAAGGAUGACAUAUUCUGCACAAAUGAAGCAUUUCUCACCUUGAAAUAUUUCUGGAGUUGUGAAGCGCGCAGGUGGGUUGGGACAACUUUGGUGUGGUCGGGAGCCUGAGGUCAGCGUGAGCGGCGUGCGGCUCAACAGAUGCCACACCAAGAAAUAAGCCUUUAAUACCCGGAGGACUCUGGAAAGGGUAACUACACUCUACACGGCACUGCCUCCAAACUCAUCUCCAGUGCUGUCCUUCUCGUCACGAUUCGUCUGGGAAAUAUUACGCUGGAAACAACACCUAAGGAGCAGAACGAGCAGAACUUUUGUUUGCGCAGAGACUCAUCCAUCGGAUACGUUAAAAGGAAGUAAACGCAAUCCCAUGGCAUGCUUCAUGCAUCACUCACUGGAGCCAGGUGAACGGUGAAUUCAGCUUGUUAGAAUAAAGCAGGUGGACACCUUCAACCAACCAUGCCACCCAAAAAGAAGGGAGAGCGUCACGACUCGGAUAUCGUUGAGGAAAGAAACGCCCAGGUGCAGCUGGAAAAGGCCAAGUACAAGCCUGUGGCAUUCGCCGUACGUUGCAACUUCUCUUACACGCCGGCUGACGACGACAACGUCCCUGUACCAGGACAAGCUGUCACCUUUGAGGCCAAAGACUUCCUGCAUGUCAAAGAGAAAUUUAACAAUGAGUGGUGGAUUGGACGGCCGGUGAAGGAGGAUGGCGUGGUGGGCUUCGUGCCAAGUCCGGUCAACCUGGAAACCAUUCUUAUCAGAAGAGAAGUCCAAGCCCGGAAAGCUGCCAAGGCCUUGGCCAGCAAAGCGGCAUCCCAAGCAACUCAAGAUAUGAACUCAAAGAAAUACACUCCUCCUUCACAAGCCAAUCAGCAGGUGAAAAAGAAACCGGGAGAACAGGUGGCCAUGUAUGAUGUAGUGCCUACUAUGCGACCUGUGGUUCUAAUGGGACCAUCACUAAAGGGCUUAGAGGUCACUGAUAUGAUGCAAAAAGCACUGUUUGACUUUCUAAAACACAGAUUUGAAGGGAGAAUCACUAUCACGAGGGUCACGGCUGACAUCUCUUUGGCUAAGCGUUCUAUCCUUAACAACCCUGGCAAGAAGGCCUUAAUGGACCGGUCCAACACGCGCUCUAAUUUAGCCCAGAUCCAAGGCGAGGUGGAGCGUAUCUUUGAGCUGGCCCGGAGCAUGCAGCUCGUGAUUCUGGAUGCAGACACAAUUAAUCACCCGAUACAGGUGUCCAAGACCUCCCUGGCUCCGAUCCUCGUUUAUGUCAAGAUCUCUUCACCAAAAGUGCUGACGAGACUCAUCAAGACAAGAGGGAAGUCUCAAACCAAACAUCUUAAUGUUCAACUUGUGGCAGCGGACAAGCUGGCCCAGUGUCCGCCGGAAAUGUUUGACGUCAUCUUAGAUGAGAACCAGCUGACUGAUGCCUGUGAGCACAUUGCUGAUUACCUUGAAUCCUACUGGAGAGCAACGCAUCCACCAGAGAUGGAGCCUGCAAAUGCACUUGUAGCACAGCUGGCUGAGAACACACUGCCCGCCACUCCGACAGCAGUACCGGAGGAACAAAAGAGUAAGAAGUCAGCCGCUCCCAAGAGGAAGGGGUCGCAUGAGAACCACCCAGACAAGGAGCCCCCAUCAGUUCAAGAUAAAGAAGAUGGAGUUGAGGAUGGCCAAAAAAAGGAAGAAGAGGAGCGACUUCAGAGGACAGAACCAAAAAGACCGCAGCACACUCACCACCAUCACCACCACCGCCGGAUGGAGCACCACAGCCAUAACCAGCACAGCCAAACAUCUGGUGGUGUGAAUGUAAAAUCAGGUACAAAUUACAGCCAGAGGAAUCCAAGAAGACAACUGCCUGAGGAGAGGGAGGACGAGGUGGAGGAAGUGGGGGUGGAGGGGAUGAGGAAGAGAUUACACUAUAACCACCGGGGCCACAACCAUCACCAUCACAGUAGCAACCAUCACCACCACCACCACCAUCAUCACCAACGCCAUCGUGGCCAGCUACAUGACAGAGACGGCUAUGAGCAGGAGCACAACGAGCGCAAUCGACAUCAGAGGCAUCACCAGCAUAUCCCAGCACGGACACGCCACACAGAUCUCUAUCCUGCAUACGAUCGUGACAUCUCCCACCACCAGGGCAGAGAUCGGGACAGAGAAAGACACAAGGACAGAGACAGAGACAGGGAUCGAGUGAGAGACAGAGAUGCACAUCAGUGGCACAAAGAUUCUUACUUGGACGAGUGACUUGUUUCUACUUCAGGUUAAUGCACAGUUUUUUGCUGCCUGUUUUAUAAUGCACUUAUAGGUGAAACAAAGUCAUGUUUGCAGAGCAUAUUUCCUUUAAUCCUGUUUGGUAGUACUCUUUUACUCCUUACAACCUUCUCUGCAGAUACACACUACAAGCCUUAUACACUUUAUCCUCCACAAAAUGGAUGACAUCACAAAUUCUACUGACCAACACCCACACAAGUUUAGUUGCUUCUCUUUUUUAAUCUUGCCCACAUAACAGAGACACACCAUUUGCUUGGCAAAAAAAGAAAAGAAAAAAUAUGUGUCUCCGUUAAAUGCCCAAGUAGAGGAAGUAUUUCCUAUAUUCAUUAAAAUUUCUGUAAAUUAAAACAAUUGGAUUCUAAAGACUAUUGCUGUGAAUACAUAGUUGCUGAGAAAAAAUUUCCAUCUCCUAAAUUUUACUUAAAAUGAG